GUGGUCAGAAUAAAUUAAGCCACGCCUCUAAGAUGGCUGCUUUUUGCAAGAGGAUAAUGACCAGAGGAAUAUUCUCACUUGGAAAGUUGCAGCAAUGCAAGGCCCUGGCAUCAGAGUCCUCUCCAACAAUAUUUUCAAAAAUAAUUUCAAAAGAAAUUCCAGCAGAUAUUUUAUACGAGGAUGAUCAAUCUUUGGCAUUUAAAGACGUCAAUCCUGUUGCCCCGACUCAUUUCUUAGUCAUACCAAAAAGGCAAAUUCCUAUGCUCUCUCAAGCUAAGCAAUCUGAUAGUCAACUGUUGGGGCAUUUACUUAGCGUAGCACGAGAGGUAGCAGAUAAAGAAGGAUUGACUGAUGGUUAUCGUGUCGUUAUUAAUAAUGGAAAGCAAGGCUGUCAGUCAGUUUAUCAUCUUCACAUUCACGUUUUAGGAGGGAGACAGAUGACAUGGCCACCUGGCUAAAUAUGAACUAUAACAAUUACACAAAUAAUGAGACAUCCAUUGUAGAUCUGUAUAUAAUUAUGUUUGAUUUGUUGUGACUCAUUCAUUAUUGCGUUGAUAUCUGAACAGACCAAGACUCUUUAUCGAAA